AUGCUUUCAAAAAGAAAGAGAGGAGUGCAAGAUUAUGAAGAUGAACAUUUUUCAAAUGAAGAGGAUGAUGAUGAACAAGAACAAGAUACAGAUGAUGAUAUUAAAAAUAAAAUUAGGAGAUUGGAGUUAAAUAGUCCAAUUGCGUUUAAUAAUCUAUCAUUAUCUCAAAAUAAUUUAAAUGGUAGUACCAAUUCUUUGAAUAAUUUAAAUCAUACCACCCCACUUAGUCAACAACAACAACACUUAAUAAAUUCACCUCCCACAUUACAUCAAUUUAACUAUGCUCAUCAUACUACUCCUCUUAAUCAACAACCUAUACCGAACCAAAAUGAUCAUUUUAUUCAAGGUUUAUUUUUGCAACAACAGAACCAGUACCAGCAACAAAACCAACAUCAUCAGCAACAGCUACAACAACAACAACAACAACAACAACAACAACAACAACAACAACAACAACAACAACAACAACAACAACAACAACAACAACAGCAACAACAGCUACAGCUACAGCUACAGCUACAACAACAGCAACAGCAACAGCAACAACAAAACCAACGACAAAAUCAGCAAGAACAACAGAUAUUAAACUCUAGAUACCAUUUUACAAUUUCUACAAAGAUAAAUUUAGAAAAUAACAAUAACAAUAACAAUAGUAGUAUUAUUAAUAAUAAUAUUCUUAACCAACAGGAUGAAAGUAAAAUGUCACCCUUAAUAAAUGUUGAGAAAAAUGUAAAUAAUAAUAAUAAUAAUAAUAAUGACUACUCUGAUAUUAAUAGUAUUUUAAAAGAUGCUCAUAUACUUAGGGCAAGAAAAAAAUUUGGUUUACCAAAUUAA